AUGCGAUUCCUCUUGCUUUUGGCGCUGGCUAUUGCCGCACUUCUCGUCCUCUGUGCCCGCUGCGACUCCGACCGCCAUGUCCGGGAGGCGCUCGCGUCACUGCUGGGCGCUCCGCUCGAUCAGCUUCCAGAAGCUCAGCUGGUUGCCGCCCUGGAUGCUGGCUCGACUGAAGGCCAUGCUUGCUCCUACGCUUGUUAUUCUCUCUCUCAACGCUACGGCGUUCAAGUAGCGCAGAGCGGUAGUGAAAGCUACAGCUGCUUCAAGGAUCAGUUCUGGUCCGUCCAACAGGCCAGCCAGCGCCCUUCUUGCAUCUUCCAGCCCGAGUCAGCAAACGAAGUGUCCGUGGCUGUCCAGAUGUCUCGUCUGUUGGAAUGCCCAUUUGCUGUCAAGAGUGGCGGUCAUGCUGCCUUUGCAAAUGCCUCAAACAUCCAGGGAGGCAUCACGAUUGACAUGAAACUCAUGAACCACGUCGAUCUCUCACCAAACAGAGAAUUGGCCUCACUUGGACCAGGGAACAAAUGGUUCGAUGUCUACAACGUACUCGAGCCAGAGGGCCUCACAGUUGUCGGAGGACGAGUCUCCGCUAUUGGCGUUGGCGGCUUGACUCUUGGAGGCGGCAUAUCCUUCUUCUCCGGGCUUUACGGCUGGGCGUGUGACAACGUCGUCAACUAUGAGGUUGUUAUCGCAAAUGGCUCUAUCAUCAACGUCAACCAUGACAUGGAGCCGGACCUUUUCUGGGCUCUGAGGGGCGGUGGCAAUAACUUCGGCAUUGUCACCAACUUCACAGUGGCAACUUUCCCCCAGGGUCUCAUGUGGGGUGGCGGACGACUCCACCGACUGGAACAACGAGACAAGAUCAUCCAGGCCUUCACAGAUUUCGGAUCCAAUGCUGUGCAGGAUCCCAAGGCUGCCAUGAUACUGUCUUUUGCCUACUCCUUCGGGUCGUACCUGGCACAAAUUGACAUGCAAUACGCCGAACCUGUCCAGGAUCCGCCAAUUUUCGAGAAUUUCAGUUCGAGGGCCAUGCCAGAUCCAAUCUUUGAUACCACCAUGGUUCGCACGUUGUCCAAUCUUACGCAGUUGUUCAACGAAUCCAACCCCAAUGGUUUGCGGGAGACAUACUGGACCGCGACAUACAGGAAUAGCCCAGAGCUGGUUUCGUUCAUAUUGGAUACUUAUAUUGAGGAGAUUGAUCCUAUCCGCAACUGCUCUGGCAUCCUGCCUGCAUGCACGCUGCAGUUCAUUACGCCGCCAAUGUUCAAGCAUAUGAGAGAACGCAGUGGUAAUGCGUUGGGCCUGGAUGACGAAGAUGAGCCGCUCCUAUUGCUGAACCUCAACACCAUGUGGCACAACGAACUGGAUGACGAUGCCGUCUUGGGUGCCGCCGACAAUAUCGUCCGUAAGGUGAAUGAGAAAGCCAAAAGCAUGGGACUCGACCACGAGUACGUGUACAUGAACUACGCCAGCCAGUACCAGGAUCCAAUUGCGGGCUACGGCCAGGAAAACAAGGACCGGCUCUUGGCCAUCGCGGAGAAGUACGAUCCCGAAAGGGUGUUCCAAAAGCUCCAGCCCGGGUAUUUCAAGCUUGCCGCUGCACCCAGUACCCCUUGCGUUGGUUCGAUAACGUGCUACGGCAGGAAUUCGUGGUAG